GGAGGGGAGGAGUGGUGCCGGGUCGCCAUGGCGAGCAACGCCGCCAGCCUCAACGCGGUGCGGGAGACCAUGGACGUUCUGUUUGAAAUUUCAAGAAUAUUAAACACUGGCUUGGACAUGGAGACAUUGUCUAUUUGUGUGCGACUUUGUGAACAGGGGAUCAACCCAGAAGCAUUAUCAUCUGUUAUUAAAGAGCUGCGUAAAGCUACAGAAGCUCUAAAGGCUGCUGAAAAUAUGACUGGCUGACGUGGGAGAAGAUUUCUGUGUGAGAAAUGCCAUGUUCAAGUUAACAGGCUUUGAAGAUUGCCACUAUUCAGAACAGUGAAAUAAGUUUAUGUGCAAAGGUUUCAGAAUACUGCUGUUACCUUGAAAAGGAUGAUGUAUAGAAUAGCUUGAAAAGCUUCUAUAUGUUCACCAAUAGUCUCAUUGCUUGGUAUUUUUGUGAAUUGUUUGUGAUUAUAGUGCAAUUGCUGCUUUUUGGCAUCAAAUCUUUUUUAUAUCAUGCCAGAACUUAGUGUUUUGCAAUGAACAUUGUUAUAAUGAGUAUAGCUUGUUAGAAGUGAUACCAUGUUUUUGUUUUUACUUCUUGCUUUGGAGGAAAAACUACAUCUGCAUUAUGGAACAGGUAGGAAGGAAGCCCGUUCUGGCUAUCCUUACCUAGGUAAGGGAUAAGGACUUAGAUUGAGACUAAAAGUAAGAAAUAAAACACUUUUGAUAAUGUAGUGAAGGAAUUGUUCUUUUGAUUCAAAUAGCUGGAAAAGUUUUUAACUGGGAUAACAAAUGAACUUCAAUUAGCCAUACAGGAAUGUAUGCAAAUUCAAAUUUUUAAUUACAUGGAAUAUCUAAUGAAGUUCAAAUGCUCCAUUUGUUCUCAUUACUAGACCUAAAAAUACUAAGGCUAUAGUGUUUCUGCCCAGUGAAAGCAUGUGAGGAAAAAAUAGAUAGAAUUAAUGUGAAUCAAUGAGUCUGAAACACUCAUUUGAUGUAGGAAUGUCUUCUCAUUUAGCACUAGAUCUUCACUGGUGCUAAACCUAGUUUUUAUAACAGUAAAUUGUUUAUCAUGUUACUAUCCGGCAAAUAUCCUUGUAUCUAGGAAUUCUGCUUCAUAAGAAAAUGUUUCCGUGUAUAUUCUUUAUCUGCUGCUGCUAAAGCUUUUGAAAUGUUUGUUUGGUUUUGUUUUUUUGGUUGUUGUUAGCAUGAUUUCAAGGUGUGGCAUUAAUGAGACCUCAAAUAACCUCCAAGUUCAACAGGAUGCAGGUUGUUUAGCCUGGAGAAGAGGAGGCUCAGGGCUAACCUCGUUGCUGUCUACAACUACCUAAAGGGAGGCUGUAGCCAGGUGGAGUUGGUCUCUUCUGCCAGUGUGAUGGUUUGGGUGUACCCCGCCCCCCCACACACUUUAGAAAUACCCAACUAGACUCAAACAGCUCUGGGAAUAUAAAUGAAGCUAUUUAUUUACAGCUAGCACAAUAUAUAAGCAGAUAUUCACAGUAUAUACAGUUAUAAACAGAAAUAGACAAGGUAAAAGGUAAUACGGAAACACAACUCCCCUCCCAGAAACCUGAGUCCCCAGGAGGGGCUCUCAACCACCCCUGCACCUUCUCCCUGCCCCUCUCAACCUUACCCCAGUCCUAAAGAGGAAUAGAGGUUCAGCCAAGAGGUUUAGAAGCAAAGGUGAGUGGAAGGUGAGGUUAGGGAGCUGCAGCUCAGUCAGAAGCCCAAAGCACAGUGUGACAAAAAUGGCGAGAGUGUUAUCUAAUGUUUACAUUUCUUCUUCAGCAAGACUCUGAGGGGAGUAGACAUCACCAUUGUUUUCCUUUCACAGCCUAUGAUCUACUUUUUCUCACCAAAAUAUUCUAACCUGCUUCAAACUAGCACAGCCAGGCAACCAGCAACAGAACAAGGGCACGCAGACUCAAGUUGUGUCGGUGGAGGCCUAGGCUGGAUGUUAGGAGGAAGUUGUUUCCAGAGAGAGUGACUUGCAUUGGAAUGGGCUGCCCAGGGAGGUGGUGGAGUCGCUGUCCCUGGAAGUGUUCAAGAAAUGCCUGGCUGAGGCACUUAGUGCCAUUGUUUAAUUGAUUUGACAGGGCUGGGUGCUAGGUUGGACUGGAUGAUCUUGGGGGUCUCUUCCAACCUGUUUGAGUCUAUGAUGCAGCACAUUUGGGAAUGAACUUGGAGUCUUAGUUAAGUCAAAUGUUUUUGGGUUUAGGUUUGUUUGGUUUUUUUUGUGCAGAGAAAAAUCUUUUCUACUUAAGAAGUUACAUUGUAUGCACUCUAGGUCACAGCUCUGUGAAAAGCAAUCAAGGAAGCUAAGUAACUCAUACUGCUGGCAGAGAGAAUAAAAAACUAUUUAUUACACUGAA